AUGGUCCAGUCAUUAGCUAGUAAGUUCCCCUCUGGUGCUGUUUCUUUUUACAACAGUUACACCAAGCGCACUGACUACGUCUGCAAAUACGGGUGCUCUGCAGGCUUUUUUAACCCUAGUAAGGGGCUCCAUUGCCACUUUCCCUAUUCUGGGGAAGAACGUCUUGGCUACCCAUUUGAAAUCCUGGUGAACAAAGGCAACUUUGAGAUUUUGGAAUGGAAAGGUGAUUCAUGGGGUGGUGUGCCUGAACAUUCAGUCACGACUUGCUUAGGACAAGACGUAUAUGUUGCAAAGAACAAGUAUGGUCUUGGGAAGAUGCAUUCCAUACAUAAGGCCUUCUUCCUCCCCUGGGAGGGUAAAGAGUAUUGGUACAAGCAUUACCAGGUCCUGACCAUCAACAAACGGUUUUACAAAGAGAGCAUGUACAAUGUCAUAUACAACACAAAUGUAAAGGUUACAGAGCAUCCUCCACAGAUCAUGGUCCAGUCCACCAUCACCAACAAGGAGUGUCUUCCAGUUACGAAAACAUUUAGUCUCUCAAAAAAAUAUCAGGAGGAGAGAAGGUGGGACACCAGCACUGCCACUACGGCUGGGAUCAGUAGUAGCAUCACUGCUGAAAUCCCAUUCAUCGGGUCUUUGGGUAUCACACUCCAGACUGCGAUAACAGUGCAGGUCUCUUCAGGUGAAACCGUGACAAAGUCAACCACCUACACUGGUUCUGUCGAGCAAACCAUCCCUCCAAACCACUCCUGCAAACUCCACAUGGUUGGUCACAAGUACGAGGCAAACAUCCCCUUCACAGCACGCCUGCGACGCACAUACGAUGACGGGAGGACCACAGAGGUGUCAAUCAGCGGUACAUUCAAAGGUGUCAACAUGGGAGGAAUCCACACUAUUGUGGAUCGCUGCGAACCCCUACCCAAUGCCAGGCCUUGCCCCUGAAAAGCAAUGAGAGGAGCUUUUUAAGAUAUGAUAUAAAAGGGAAUGUUAAGUACUGAUCAAGUUUAAUUUAAAGAUCUACAGAUAAAUCUGCUUUUAUAAAGGGGUUUCAAAUAUAUAUUUUGGUUGUUGGUCUAUCUUCUUUUCUUGAAUAACUAUCAUAGAAAUAAUGAAAUGGAUUAUAAACAUACACAUUGUUCCAAUAAAAGUUUGAUAUCUUUGAGGUAUCCUGCAGACUCAUUUCAGAUAAUUGUUAUAUGGUCACUGCUUCAUGUUAUUAGUGUGCAGCGUUCCUAUUGGAUUGUUUUAGGACUGAAUUCCUUUAUUAUCAUUGCACACUGUACAACACAAUGCUAUACAUCUUUGAAAAAACAAUAACUGGCAGCCACACACAUGCAAAUCCAAAAUAUUUCCGAAAAUGAUAUAGACAUAAAAAGAUUAAGAAAGCAUAAGGGUGUGUUAUAGGACCAUUUGCAAAUAUUACUACCCAUAAAGUGUUAUGAUGCAUGAUAAUACUGACUGAUUUUAUUUUAGGUUAUUAAAAUAUAAAGGAAAUGUCACAUGCAUUUAAGAGAACUUGAGUUUGUCCUCAUGAGAUGAGCUCCCCCCUUGUUUCAAGUCAGCAGAAGUAUAGUUGAGUGUCUUCUUGUGUAACUAUCCGAGGAAAAGUAAAAUGGCUGACCAAUUUGUGCCUAACUCACAUUUUCAGUAACAAAAUCUGAUUUUGUAGAGCUUUCCCACAGACUCUUAGAUAAUACUUUUGAUUUUAUGGUUAGUUUUUAUUAUGUGCUUUUAAGCUGUAUUUUUAAGUUUUCAGAUUAUUUCCUUUCAAGUUGUUGGACUCAUCUUUAUUUCAUUUAACUAUUUUUUUAAGACUCUUAGAGCACCUUCAUCAUUCACACUACUUUGUAAACUGUAUGAUUCUGCAAGUUACAAUAAAACUUUAAUCUGUUACUCAUUA